UGCGCAUCUGUCAUGGCUGCUCACUGAUGCCACUCGCACCACAUGGGUGGAAAUAAACAAUUUAUCUCUGAUUAAGAAACACCGACUUGGCAGCAGAGUAAAACGGUUAACCGCCGGUAUUGAUCUGGGACAGUUCUGACUGAAGGCAGCAGCUCACUUACUUCACUUGAACAAGAGGCAGAGGUCCGGUGAUGCCGCUGGACAUAGAGAUCCCCGUUCUUCGGGGCUUUUUAACACCCAGCGAGGCGACGGAAUGGAAGCAGAGUGUUUUCACUACCGCAGAUGCAGGCUCUCUGCUGGAGUCCCUGAUGGAGGGGGACUUUGAGGCGGUUCUGCUGAGUCCACAGGUGUUAGAUUUGCUCACUGGAGAUGGCAGCUGCUGUGAGGGAGAGGACAUUGAGGCCUAUCUGGAGAGACAGGUCCUACACUACCUGACUGGUGGCAUCAACAAUGACCAGACCAACAGGGAGUUGGUAGUGAUGGCUGUGGCCGUCUCUUCCGUCCACAUGUUUGUCCAGAGUAACUGGACUGGCCCUUCAGUUUCCAUCCACAUCUCUGACCUGCUGCCCCCAGCCCUGCUCUCCUCUCAGCCCCAGACCUUGGUUGAGGCCAUCCACUCCUGCCUGCUCCUGGAUGGAGAGUCAGUGUACAGCCUUGUGGCCAACCCCUUCCUCUUGCUGCUGGCCAGAGUUAUUCUCACCAAGUGCUCCUCUAAGAUGAACAGCCUCCAGCUGCUGCCCUGGUGGACCCUGCGCUACAUUAACCUGCACCAGCAGAUCCUGGAGGCUUGUUCUCCACAGCUCCUCAACUUGGCCCACAGCAGCAUGGACAAAGUGCUGAAAUGCCAGUCUCUGUUGUCGGAACAGAGAAACCUGGCGAUCCAGUUCCACCUGGAGUGUGUCUACACUAGUCUGACCUACUAUGAGUACCAGCCAGCCAAGGAACACAUCAAGAAGGCACAGGAGCUCUCAGGGCUGAAUAUCAACAUGACUGGCGCCCUUGGCAAACGGACCCAUUUCCAGCAGAAGUACUUAGCUCAACUCAUCCUCGAGGUCAACAGGAAGCAGGACCAGCCUGGCCAGACGGACAGUGAGGCCAGUCCCACACCUCCGGCCUUCCUACCUAAAGACUGCAGUCUGGGUGACGACACCGUACUGGAUAAGAUCAGUUUAGCGGAGCCAGCUCAGUUCGAGCUGCCUGACCUCAGUGCAGAGGAGCAGGCUGUCAUCCUGGGCAUCUGCACUGACUUCCAGAAGAAUAACCCAGUCCACAAACUGACUGAAGAGGAACUUCUAGCCUUCACAUCUUGCAUCCUGUCUCAGCCCAAGUUCUGGGCUGUAGAAGUCACAGCACUUUGCCUCAGAACCAAACUGGAGAGGGGACGCUCCCGGUGUGUUGAGAGAGCCAUGAUGCAAACCCAGGCUAUAGUUGACCACUUUGAAGAUAAAAACUGUCCCGUGACUGAGCGGCUCAAAGUCUUCUACUGCUGCCAAGCUCCACCCAGAUGGACGGUCCAGAAACAGCUGGCAAGCCUGCUGACAGACCUGGGCUGCAUGAGUUCAGCUCUGCUCAUGUAUGAAAAGCUGGAGCUCUGGGAGGAUGCAGUUAUCUGCUAUGAGAGGCUGGGCCAGCAUGGCAAGGCCGAAGAGAUCGUUCGCAGGGAGUUGGAGAAGAAGGAGACACCCAGUCUGUAUUGUCUACUGGGAGACAUUUUGAGGGACCAUCAGUACUACGAUCGGGCGUGGGAGCUGUCGGGCAAACGCAGUGCCAGAGCCAUGCGAUCCAAAGCCCUGCUGCAUCUCCGCAAGAAGGAGUUCCAGCAGUGUGUUGACUGUUUUGAGCGGUCACUCAAGAUCAAUACCAUGCAGCUUGGAGUGUGGUUUUCCCUUGGUUGUGCCUACUUUGCUCUGGAGGGCUAUGAAGGAGCUGCCAGGGCUUUCCAGAGGUGUGUGGGACUAGAGCCAGAUAAUGCAGAGGCAUGGAACAACCUCUCUACAGCUUACAUUCGCCUCCAAAAGAAAAACAAAGCCUUUCGUACUCUGCAGGAAGCCCUCAAGUGUAAUUAUGAACACUGGCAGAUCUGGGAGAACUUCAUUGCUGUGAGCACUGACAUUGGGGAGUUUGCUGAAGCCAUUAAGGCCUACCACCGUCUGAUGGAACUCAGGGAAAACUACAAGGACAUCCAGCAGGAGGCAGCAGUGCUCUCCCAGUGCCUAGUCUGCUGGAAAUUAAAAGAAGAAGAGAUCAUAACAUCACAGACUGGCUCUCUGACUGUUCCAGGCAAACCAAAUCACCCAAGAUGUUUGACACACUGGAAAUAUAUCUCUUGAAAUUUUCAGAUGUUGUGGACAAAGCCAGCUACAUGAUUUAAGAAUCAACUGGACUUUGAUAUGAACAUGCACUUCUUCUUACAUAGAGGACGUCAGCUGAGUAGGCAGUCUUUUGGUGUGGCCCAGGACACAUUCACGUACACACUGCAGAAACAGGGUGGCCGUAUGUGGCCCAGACCAACUCUGAAUGAACACUCAGAUCUUACUGUGUCCUCAGUGCUUCUUGGGUGUAUUCUCACCUGUACUCAGAACUGUCCACUUAUGUUUGAAUUACCCAAGACACAUGUGUGCACAGAGCCUAAGACUGCAUUUAUGUGAAUUGAUAGUAGCAGGAACUCCCAUCUCGUGGGUAAACACCAAACCAUACCACAACAGACAUAUUCUGACACAGAGUUUGUCACAGAGUCUGUUUUGCACCUUCUAUUUGUAUGUAACAUGAGACACGAGUCCAUUGUACAAAAAUAAGUCUCUGCAAUUAACUGUUAACUUAGAGUCCACUUAGCAACUUAGCUGGCAGGCUAAACUGCAGUGAGCAAGCUAGCUACUUUAUCUGGUGAGAGCCACAAUGCUAGCAGUUGACUGGUAUGUUAGUGGUCAGUUCACUAGCUGCAGUAGUUCCCAACUCCAGUAGUCACUACAUCACCAAGCUUUUGGCACCAUUUUUAAAAAUGCACAGAUGAACCUUUUCCUAACUGGACCUUAAAAGUGUAGCAGCCAUUAAACCCCAAGGUAAGAAAGUGUCACAUAACUCCUGUGUUACCGAGGUCCACCAAUGAGCUUUUUCUGAGUUUUCAGCCACUUCCAUGAUUGGCAUCAGCAAAUAGCUGGUGAGUUUGCCCCAUGACAAUGAUGAAGAGUUAUGGUGUGAAAAGUAUUCAUUAAUUCUUAUUAAGCAUCCUCUGCUUAAUCAUGAAUACUCCAAAAAAGAUGAUCAGUCAUUUAGACAGUAAAAAACAUUUUUCUGUCCAAACUGCUUUUGAUUCUCAGUUAUUUGCAGAGUGUAAUUCUGCAAACCACAUGUGCUCACAGACAUUUUUAAGCUAACCUAGCCAACAUGACAACUGUCAAAUAACAGAGGAGGGUCGGCUGACAUGGGUUGACACGUUCAGACAGACUUUCAAGUCUGAACAGAGUGUAAUUGUGUACUGCAGUUUUAUAUUAAAUUUGGAAUAAACCUCUGUCAAAACUUCACCUCAAAACUUCACAUGAAAGUACAGUCUCUUUACUUUAAACCACUGUUCUAUUUUUACCCCUCUAUUUUCACAAACAUCCGUCUCACACCUUUAAAUGGUGAUUUGCAUAAAUGGUGUCGACAGCCUCUUGUUACUACAUAAUCUGAUCACAGCCAUAUUUUUAGAAGGAAUAUUUCUGCAUUAUUCAACUUCAUAUUUACCUUCCCUGUAGUUGUUUUUAGCCCCAGCACAGAGUGUGAGAGGUGGAGUGGUAGUGAAGCAGAGAUAGUGGCAGGGACCACCAUGAAUUCUUCUCAUGGAAUGUGUAGCGGGCAUGUGACAAAAGGGCUUUGAUUGGCUGAUAGAUUUCAAAGGAGUUGAGGGUCACAUGGUUCAGCUUUGUGCCUCGUGGGGUUAAAUGGAAACAUAAGAACCUUGUAGUCACACACACAGUCGUUCACAUAUGGACACUAUACACAGAAUCUCUUGAGAAAGAAAAAGUGAGAUUUCUUACUGUCCUUUGUUGUGGUCUGAAAAUAAACUUCAGAAUGAGCUUCGUUGAAA